ACUGCCGUGGCAUAGAUUAAAAAUGGCGAUGAUCUCAGAUGUAGAAGUAACGUUCGAUGGUCGAUGUCUGUACUCUGUGUGUCAUGACGAUGGGCAACGUUGUGUUUGCUAGAAGAAUAUCCAUGUUGUGAUAUAGUUUUUGGUGAUUGGACAAUAAGGGAUUGGCGCCAAGUGCAGCGGUGGCCAGCCUAAUCGAGGAUGGCUACGAGCACCGAAACAUCCCGAAAUCAUGUAUAGCACAGCACGGAGAGAAUUCAGGAAAAUAAUGUUUUGAAGAGAUGCGGUGGCUCUGUGUGCCAUACCACGUAUCUCCCAGGAGAGGCCUAAUUUUUGCCGUUCUCCUGGGUGUCGCCACUCUUCUCUACUUUAUCAUCGUGCUAGAUACCACCUCUAGCAUUCAAGAGUCCUGGGGACUGCAAAGGAGUCCACCUCCUGAGGUUACGUUUGAAUGUCCGAUUACCCCCGUAUUUCCUCUGAAAUCUGCUGGUGAUUGGGCAGGCUGGUCGGUAUCCGCAGCAGGAGGCAUUAACGAUGAUGGCAGAAAUGACUUAAUUGGCGAGAGCUCUUCGAUUCUAGCAAAUGUGCACGUCUCAUCUGCACAACUCCGUCUGGACGCACGGGUAUUAGUGUUUGUCGAGACGCCUUAUUCUAAACUCGGACGGCUUAUCACCGAAACCCUCGAAGCAGCUAGAAUUAGAUAUCGUAGCGAAGUGUCAACUCGAACUUUGCCAACGCUCACUAAUCUCGAUCGGGGUCGCUUUGCUGUAAUUGUCUUUGAAAACAUCGACCGAUAUUUGGUUCUGCAUAAAUGGAAUCGGGAGCUCUUGGACAAAUAUGCACGGGAGUAUUCCGUUGGCAUUAUCGGAUUUGUCCGCCCAUCCGGAGAUCCUCGACCGCGAGCAAUACCAUCACUUAAUCUUGUGGCUUAUGCCAACGUGAGUGUGGCGUCUCGGCCUUCGUUAAAUCCGCUUUCGCCAGUUCUCCGAAUGUGUCGUGCUGGUGAACACGAAGGUGAUUUCCCUGGCGAGUGGACGCUCUUCACUUCAAAUCAUUCGACGUUCACGCCCGUUAUGCAGGUUCGUUCUCCAACGCACACGCAACCAAUGAGCGCAAUCGUCCAGGACGAAGGUCUCCACGACGGCGUACGGCGCGUGAUUUUCGGUACUGGAUUCAAUGCGUUCUGGCUUGUCAAAUUAAUUUUCCUCGACAGCAUUUCCUAUUUGUCACAUGGCAAGCUGUCGCCGCCAUUGGAACGACAUUUGCUGAUCGAUAUUGAUGAUAUAUUCGUAUCGGAACGAGGAACCCGAAUGCAAAUAUCCGAUGUAGAACAACUGCGAGCUGCUCAAGCGAGAAUUCGCCAAAUGGUGCCCGGAUUUCGCUUUAAUCUGGGAUUUUCAGGAAGGCACUUUCAUCGUGGGUAUCCCGCCGAAAACAGGGGCGAAGACCUGUUGCUUUCUUACGCCAACGAGUUCUGGUGGUUUUGCCAUAUGUUCGGACACACGCAAGCACAUCUGUUUGAGAACGAGACAGUGCUUGAGAAUGAGAUGCGACUCAAUCGUGAGUUUGCCCUUCAGCAUGGGCUGGGUGCUGAUCAGCACUAUUCUGUGGCUCCACACCAUUCUGGCGUGUAUCCAGUACAUGAGCCGCUAUACGAUGCCUGGAAGAGGGUUUGGGACGUGAGAGUGACUUCGACAGAAGAGUACCCCCAUUUGCGACCGGCACGAUUUCGUCGUGGCUUUAUUCAUCGUGGCAUAAUGGUGUUGCCGAGGCAAACGUGCGGGCUUUACACGCAUACUAACUUUUACGCGCGGUAUCCUGGUGGAUCCGAUAAACUCGAAGCAUCGAUUCACGGUGGGGAAUUAUUUUAUCAGUUGGUGCUUAAUACCAUCAACGUAUUUAUGACCCACUUUUCCAACUACGCGAACGACAGACUCGCUUUGUAUACCUUCGAAACAGCAAUACGCUUUGUCAAAUGUUGGACAAAUAUUCAUUUCUCGACGAUACCACCAUUACAGCUGGGCGAAAAAUAUUUCACCAUGUAUCCGGACGAGACUACCCCGUUGUGGGGGAACCCGUGCGAUGAUCCGAGACAUCGUUUGAUUUGGAGUCGCAACAAAAGCUGCGCUCAGCUGCCUCAUCUAUUAGUGAUCGGUCCUCAGAAAACGGGCACAACAGCUCUUUAUUCGUUCCUCAAAGAGCAUCCGGCCAUUGAGUCGAACGAGAAUUCAGCACAACAUUUCGAGGAGGUGCAGUUUUUUAACAACGAUAAAAACUACCUCAAAGGCAUCGAUUGGUACCGUUCAUUUUUUUCUAUAAGCAAUGACUCGCAGCUUCUUCUAUUUGAAAAAAGCGCCACCUAUUUUGAUAGCGAAGCAGCACCGAAACGGGUACACGCCUUACUGCCCAAAGCAAAACUAGUUGCUAUACUUACCAAUCCAGCAAAGAGGGCCUACUCAUGGUAUCAGCAUCAGCGAGCGCAUGGGGAUCCGGCAGCUGUCGAUCAUUCGUUUCUCGAAGUUAUUAGCGCCAACGACACCUCACCAAAGGCUCUAAGGGAUUUACAGAAUCGGUGUCUCCAACCAGGCCUAUAUGCAGUUCACCUUCAACGGUGGCUAAACUUUUUCCCUAAUAGCCAGCUCUUCAUAAUUGACGGAGAGGAACUCCGCCAUAAACCAGUGGAGGUUAUGAAUAAAUUGGAGCACUUCCUACAGGUGACACCUUAUGUGGAUUAUCAGUACCACCUCGAGUUUGAUCCUCGCAAGGGUUUUUUUUGUCCAAAAGUAAACGGACGACGACGCUGCCUUGGAGCAAGCAAGGGUCGCCGCUACCCCGACAUGUGUACCCAGUGUGCUGCAGCCCUGAAGGAAUUCUACCUCCAUUAUAAUGUCCAACUAUCAAAACUGCUCGGGCAAUUGAAAAUCGUUGCUCCCAACUGGCUACGAGAGGAACUGACGAAAGGAUAGUCGAUAAGAAUGUCGAAUAGUGAAUUUUAUACUGCAUGGAGUUAGUUUUCUUGAAGAGAACUACAAAACUAGCGGCCACUAUUUAAUUACCACAAAUAUGGAUGUUCCCAAUGACGAUCUUCGACACUAAUACUUACCACUGACACACUAAGUAGGUACAGGAAGAUAACAUGAAUUACAGUAGAGUAACGCAAAAAAUCUAAACGAUCGACUCCUGAUGGUUGUUGGGUUUAUAACUAGCUAUAUACCGAUUCGAACUUAAACAGUGCUUUUGGCCAUGUGAAGUUUCGCCACAGUCACGUAGGGUUUUGGUAUCUUCUUAAAGCUUGUUCGCCUUGAAUAUUUAAUGAACAGCGACACUUAAUUACCCAAUAUGUCCAAAAACGGCUUCAUUAUUGAACGCCUAAUAGCAUAUCCAUAAGCGUAUCUACGUUAGGUUCUUUCAAUUGAACCACAGAUAUUUCUCAAUAUUCUGCCUAGUCCACACGUAAUUACUUUCCAAUCUUGAUAUCGGUUUAUAUGCCCUAUAGUCGUGUCUAUAAACACAUACAAAAUGUGAUGCGGUAUAGACCGAGACAAACGAAGUCAAGGAUCCGCAGCCUUUACAAAUGGCAAUGAAUGCUUGCAAUGAGUAGAGGAACUCGUCGUAUUUUUUUUUACGAGGCCACAAAAGCGUAGUUAGGGAAGAGCAGUUUAAAAAAAAUUCGGUCUGGCAUAGCGGAGAGAAGGUGAUUUGAGUUCAUGGGAUUUAUGUCACUGACCAGGCACGUCAUAACUGCUGCAUGGGUUGUGCAGCGUUGGAUAGCAAAUAACGAACGGUUCGAAAUGGGGCAGACAAAUCAGAAAUAACCCUUACGACGAACUAAUAACGACAUCGUCACUGUUCACGCAAAACAACAGCGUGGACUAUGAAAUGUACAUCUCUGUUUGAUAACGACCAUGUUAGUAUUUAUAAUUAUAUACAUCUUAGUUAUAGCGCGUUUUUGUGUAAAUAGAUGUAUAUUGUAUAUAUACAAAUGAAGAAUUAUCAAAAUACUGAUAAGAAUAAUUAUAAUAGUGAUAUUAAUACUCCGUUAGUACUUGCCAUUACUAUCACCCACGUUGCUGAGCUGACAGUAUUAUCACUUGAUAACAAAC